UGUAACACAAAUAAGGAUGCCCGAAAGGAUUAAAAAUCUCAAGCACCCGCUCGCGUAAAUAUUACAUGAGCGAAUAUGUCCGCCACUAGGUACCGUCGGUUCCUGAAGCUCUGUGAGGAAUGGCCAAGGGACGAGACCAAGAAAGGACGGGAUCUGGGGACGUUUCUACGGCAGAGAGUGGCGUCUGCGUUCCGCGAGGGUGAAAACACGCAGAUUGCAGAUCCAGAGAAAUGUGACCAGAUGUAUGAAAGUUUGGCGCGCAUCAAUGGGAACGUAUACAGACAGCGGUUUCCUCGAGUCAGAGACACAAGUUUUACAGGCGUAACAGUGGAGGAGUGUCGGGUGCUACUCUCAGGCAGUAUGCAACAGAGCAUGGAUGAGGAAAAGAAGGGUUUAUGGAAGUCCAUAAUGGAGAAAUUCUCCUCAAAGUCACCUGAAGAUGGUUCUGAAAAAAAUCCAGAAAAAUAAAAACUGUUCCUUUUUGUGUAGAAAUAAAUUGUUUUCUUUGUG